CGGGGUGGGUCGUCUAGUGGUCACGUGAUUUUUGGCGUGGUAAAGCAAUAGAGGUAUCUAAACCGUACACAAUACAUCUUGCUGCGUUACUCAAGAAGGGAUACUCUGGUAAUUUGCUUCAAACUUCUAGAAAAAUACCCCUUUUUUAAGUAAUUUUUGCGGAUUCAACCAGCAUCAUGGACGGCGGAGUUACAGUAGUAACCAAUCCUCUUGUGAAUGUGCGCCUAACAAGCUCCAUCUCCUCCUUCGAGGUGCAGCGCAGGUUCAAUAGAGGGAUUAGUAUAGCAGAACUGAAGGGAAAAUUGGAGAUGGUUUUGGGUGCAACUCCCUCCUGCAUGGACCUGGACUUGUUCAGCGUCUCUGACAAAUUCCUGCAGAAAAUGGACGACAAUGAAGCUUUGCUUGGUUCCUUUCCUGUGGAUGAUGACUGCAGAAUACAUGUUACCGAUAGAAGUGGUCAGAUGAGCGAGUUCAGUGAUGUUUCCAAGGUGGAGAAGUUUGAAAUCCCAGAGGAGUCUUAUGAAAAGAGAACAGAUUCAGCAAGGUCAUUCAUGAAGAAACAUCGGGUUGGUGUCUAUAACGAGGAAGAAAUGGCCAAGAAGAAAGCUGACCUUGCUGCUCGGGAGGAGGAGCAGAAAGCUGCUGCUGAUGCUAUUUCUGUUGGCAGCAGAUGCCAAGUGCAGGUCUCAGGGCAACCGACAAAGCUUGGCACCGUCAUGUAUGUUGGUAAGUGUGGAUAAAGUAUAGCUUGUUGA